UAAGCUAAGAGUUUGUUUAAGAGAAAAAAGUGUCGGCAGGUUUCAGUUUCAAGAGUCAUAGAUGGAGACAACAAAGAAGUGAUAGUACAAUUUAAUGCCAAGUUUCAAUUUUUGGCGUUAAGCUUCAAAGAAAUCAAUACUAGAGUUACUACAAUACAAUCAAAGACUUCCAUAAAUGGGGAACCACCAUCCCCGUUACAAACACCACCAUCACCAUCAACAAGGCCCCCCAUUUCCUGUGCCUCCAGUACCCACAGCUCAAUCCCAGAACACAGUGAGUACUCAAAUGGAUUUGGUUUUGCCUUAUGGUCAAGUUGACUCUAGCUUGCGUGCUCUAGCUGGUCAAGCUGAGGGCUUUGGCGGUUCUUCCAUUGGUGGUCGUGAUGGUCAUAUUUAUCAAGUUAUUAAUCUCAAUGAUGAUGGGCCAGGAUCACUUCGAGAUGGAUGUCGUAAAAAAGAACCUCUAUGGAUCGUCUUUGAAGUUUCAGGGACGAUUGAACUCCGAUCUUAUUUGAGUGUGUCGUCUUACAAAACUAUUGAUGGGCGAGGCCAAAGAAUCAAAAUCACAGGGAAAGGUUUGAGGUUGAAAGAAUGUGAACAUGUGAUCAUCUGCAAUAUAGAGUUUGAGGGAGGCAGAGGACCCGAUGUUGACGCCAUUCAGAUUAAACCAAAGUCGAGGCAUAUUUGGAUAGAUCGUUGUAGCCUUAGUGACUAUGACGAUGGUUUAAUUGACAUCACAAGGGAGAGCACAGAUAUUACUGUUUCUAGGUGUCACUUUUCAAAGCAUGAUAAGACCAUGCUUAUUGGAGCAGAUCCUUCUAAUUGUACCGACAGAUGUAUGCGGGUCACCAUUCACCACUGCUUUUUUGAUGGAACUAGACAGCGGCAUCCUCGUGUUAGAUUUGGCAAAGUACAUUUGUACAACAACUACACCAGGAACUGGGGAAUUUAUGCUGUUUGCGCAAGUGUAGAAUCACAGAUAUAUUCCCAGUGCAACAUAUAUGAAGCUGGACAAAAAAAGGUGGCCUUUAAAUAUCUCACAGAGAAG